AGACUUCAGAGUAUAAUAGUAUAGAGAGAAAAGGUGAAGCUAAUAAUAGGCCAUGGGGAGGCCUCCUUGCUGUGAUAAGGUAGGUAUCAAGAAGGGUCCUUGGACUCCUGAAGAGGAUAUCAUCUUGGUUUCAUACAUCCAACAACAUGGACCAGGAAAUUGGAGAUCAGUGCCCACAAGCACAGGAUUGGUUAGGUGCAGUAAGAGUUGUCGGUUGAGGUGGACUAAUUACCUCAGACCAGGAAUCAAGCGUGGGAACUUCACUCCUCAUGAAGAAGGGAUCAUAAUUCAUCUGCAAGCUUCAUUGGGUAACAAAUGGGCAGUAAUAGCUUCCUAUCUUCCACAAAGAACAGACAAUGAUAUAAAGAACUACUGGAACACCCACUUGAAGAAGAAGAUUAAGAAGUUUCAAACAGCUCUGGACCACCGUCAUAUAACAUCAGGUUCAACCACCUGUCAGCCUUCUUCUUCCAUCAUCUACAGUGAGAAAAAGAGCUUUGAUUCCCCCAACCCUUCCUCAGUCUUCAUGUUAAACCAGACCCCCUCCACCUAUGCUUCGAGCACUGACAACAUUUCAAGACUCUUAGAAGGCUGGAUGAGGUCUUCUCCAAUGCCUAAUAAUACUAAUACUGGUGGAAAAUCCCAAGAGAUAAAGCAACAAAGCAAAAGAAGCAGCAGCAGUAGCAGUAGUAACAAAGAUGACAAUAAUGAUAACAUGACCAGCAACAACAACAGCUACCAUCCAAAACUUGAGCAAGGAAGAAGCUAUGACCUUGUAUCUCAUGAAGAUUUUGAAUCUCUUCUAUCUCUUGAUAAUUGGAGCAAUAUAGGUUGGAACAAGUCUUCCUGUGACUCUAUGCAUGGGCCUCAAACCAUAGACACCGACCAUAGGGAACAGAAGUUGGAGAAUCGUGAGCCUCUUUCAUUGAUUGAGAAGUGGCUAUUGGAUGAGACAACAGGGCAAGGAGAUGAAAUGAUGGAGCUAUCUUCAAUUUUUUGAUAUUCUUUCAACUUUCUUUUGAAGUUUAAGCUACUAGUAUAAACAGAAGAAGACUUCUAGUAUAAAAAGUCUGUCAUUUUUAGUUAUACCUUACUGGUAAGGUUCUCAAAAAUUAAGUUGGGGACUUCUAAGCCAACGUAGGUAAUAUUCAUUAGUUUAUCUAUUAAGGAUCAUCAGAGAAUAAAGUUACAAAAAAUAAAAAAAUAAAAAAAUUAUUUUGGAUACAUAUUUAUAUUGGAUGAGAAAAAAGCUUUUUGUUUUUUUGCAGGCUGCUAGUGUUUACUUCCCUCUCACUGUCUC